CCAUCAGAGCUUCCAUGUGAUCCAACGAUGGCGAUGCCUUGUGGGUCACCCAAUCCAUGGAUUUUGGACCCACAGACAACCAUGCCGUUGAAAAAGUUAUGGGAUUUUUUUUUCUUCUUUUUGUUCUCACUCAUAAUUGGCAGCCCCGAACGGAUAGUUUCAUCGUUUUUCCGUAUAUAUGAGAGGAAAUCAAUUCGAGAGAGAGAAAGACUGAGAAUUUUGCGGUGAAAUUAAACGCUGGAAUUCCGGUACGUUUUGAUUUCACCCCCCCGAUGGCCUUAGGGGAAUUCCGGCCUCUGCUCUGCUCUUUCAGACAAUGAUCGUAGGCUGGUAAAUUGGCUUCGGAGUUGUGAAUAUUUGAGUUCGAGAUUUUCUUUCCCUUCUCGGCCACGAAAUUUGAGCUUUGAUUUGUUUAGAAGGGAAAGAAAGCGCUAUCUUGUGGGCUUGUCGGAUUUUGUCCUUGUUGUGAUUGUACAUAUUUGUAAUUUGAAAAUGAGCGUUAUUUCGGGUGUGAUUUCUCGGCAAGUCUUGCCUGCAUGUGGCAGUCUUUGUUUUUUCUGUCCAGCAAUGAGGGCAAGGUCUAGACAGCCCGUCAAGAGGUACAAGAAACUUAUCGCAGAUAUAUUUCCUCGUAAUCAGGAAGAAGGACCGAAUGAUCGGAAGAUAGGGAAAUUAUGUGAAUAUGCUGCUAAAAAUCCUCUUCGAAUUCCAAAGAUCACAUGUUCUCUUGAGCAAAGAUGUUACAGAGAAUUGAGGAAUGAGAACUUUCAAGCCGUAAUAAUUGUUAUGUCCAUCUAUAGAAAACUUUUGGUUUCAUGUAAGGAGCAAAUGCCUCUUUUUGCAAGUAGCUUGAUUAGCAUUAUCCAAACUCUGAUGGAUCAAACACGGCAGAAGGAAAUGCAAAUUAUAGGAUGUCAGACUCUAUUUAGUUUUGUGAAUAGUCAGAGUGAUGGGACUUACAUGUUUAACUUAGAAGCCUUUAUUUCAAAACUGUGUCAACUAGCUCAAGAUAGUGGAGAUGAUGAAAGGGCUGAAAACCUGCGUUCAGCUGGCUUGCAAGGACUUUCCUCAAUGGUUUGGUUUAUGGGCGAAUACUCUCACAUUUCUGUGGAAUUUGAUAAUAUUGUUUCAGUGGUCCUUGAAAACUAUGGGGCUCCUGAAAAAAAAUCAGACGACUUAAAUAACCGAUGGGUGCAAGAAGUGCAACGGGGUGAGGUUGUCACAAUGAGCACACCAUCUUGGAGGGAAAUUGUGACUGAAAGAGGUGGAGUGAACUUGACAGGGGAGGAUGUCCAGAACCCUGGCUUUUGGUCCAGGGUUUGCUUACACAACAUGGCCAAACUUGCCAAAGAAGCUACAACCAUGAGGCGUAUUUUAGAAUCUUUGUUUCGUUACUUUGAUAAUGGAAAUCUAUGGUCUACUGAACACGGUAUUGCAACUCCAGUUCUGAAAGAUAUGCAGUUCCUAAUGGACAAAUCUGGUCAAAGUACUCAUGUUUUGCUUUCCAUGUUAAUUAAGCAUCUCGACCAUAAAAAUAUCCUGAAGCGGCCUAACAUGCAGCUUGACGUUGUUGCUGUGACUACUGCCCUUGCCCAAGAUGCAAAGGUUGAACCUUCUAUUGCAAUAAUUGGUGCGGUGAGUGACUGCAUGAGGCAUUUGAGGAAGAGCAUACAAUGCUCACUCGAUGAUGCAAAUCUAGGGGAUGAUGUGAAAAGUUGGAAUAAAAGCUUAAGUGAAGCAGUGGAUCAGUGUCUGGUACAGCUAAUACAUAAGGUUGGAGAAGCAUUCCCAGUUCUUGAUGCUAUGGCUGUGAUGUUGGAGAACCAUUCUACCAUUACAGUCAUAGCGAGAACUACAAUUUCUGCUGUUUAUCGUGCUGCUCAAAUUGUUGCCUCCUUGCCUAAUUUGUCAUAUCAAAACCAGGCAUUCCCUGAGGCUUUGUUUCAUCAGUUAUUACUGGCUAUGGUCCAUCCAGAUCAUGAAACACGAGUUGCAGCUCAUCGUAUUUUUUCAGUUGUCCUUGUGCCAUCUGCAGUUUAUCCUCGUCCAGGCUCUUCGGAUUUUGAGUCUAUGAAGGCUUCUGAUCUUCCUAGGACACUCUCAAGAACCGUGUCUGUUUUUUCUUCUUCAGCUGCCCUUUUCCAAAAGCUGAGGAAUGAAAAGUUCUCCUUGCUGGAAAAUGGUCGUCCAGAUACAAAAGACAGCUCUCUUACCAAUGGUGAACAGGAAGGUGUAAGCAAUGGUAUGCUAAGUAGGUUGAAGUCAUCCUAUAGCCGGGCAUAUAGCAUGAGAAGUUCUGGACCUUUGAAAACUGAUGAAACUACCAUGAACAACUUGAGCAAAGAACCAGAAGCUUGUUCUCUACGACUCAGUAGUCGCCAAAUUACACUUUUGCUCUCAUCAAUUUUGGCACAAUCCAUAUCUCCCACUAAUUUUCCAGAAAAUUAUGAAGGAAUUGCCCAUACGUACAGCUUGAUCUUGCUAUUCUCUCGAGCUAAGAACUCAAGUCAUGAGGUCCUAGUACGAAGUUUUCAGUUAGCAUUUUCAUUGCGAGAUAUUUCUCUCAGUAAAGCAGGAUCACUGCCACCAUCACGUUGUAGAUCCCUAUUUACUCUAGCUACAUCAAUGAUCCUCUUUUCAUCAAAAGUUUUCAAUAUAUUUCCCCUUAUUGAUAGAAUGCAGGCUAUAUUCGAGGAAAAAAUGGCCGAUCCCUUCCUACAUUUGGUAGAGGACUGCAAGUUACAAGCCGUUACCAUACAGUCUGACAAAAUGACUAGUCCAUAUGGAUCUAAUGAAGAUGAUGAUUUGGCCUCAAAAUCUUUAUCAGAAGUAGAGAUUACUGACGAUCAAACUAGAGAGUCUUUUGUUUCUGAGAUUGUGAAGAGCUUGGAUACAUUUUCAGACUAUCAAUUGUCCAGAAUAAAGGAGCAGCUUCUCAGCGAGUUCGUACCUGAUGAUAUGUGUCCUCGCGGAAAUCAGCUGUUAGAGGAUACUUCUCAUGAAGCAUAUGAGUCCGCUCCAAUUUUUUCUGUUGAUGAAGAUUCUUUUGGCGAUUCAUUCGAAAGCCAAACUAAAGAUAAUCCAGAGUUGCACUUUGUGAUUCCGCUUUUGAGUGUGAAUCAACUUUUAGAAUCGGUACUCGAUACGGCGUCUCCAGUUGGAAGAAUCUCCUUCUCCAUGCCACCUGAUGUGCCUUACAAGGAAAUGGCCCACCAUUGUGAGGUACUUCUGAUGGGAAAGCAGCAGAAGAUGUCUACUUUGAUGAUUUCACAACAGAAACAGGAGAAGUUCAUGAUCUUAUCUCUGCAAAACCAAGAGAAUGAGGUUGGCAGUCCAAUCAUUGAACACUUCGCAGCCAACCCGUACCAACUUCCAUCUAGACCGAUCGUGACGCCGUGCAUGGCUGAACACCAGUGUCAUCCAAACUCAUUUAGAUUACCAACUUCAAGUCCAUAUGACAACUUUCUCAAAGCUGCAGGCUGUUGAUUCCCUUCCUGUGUAAAGCACCACAUGUUCUUUCGGUCAAACCGAACAUAUUAGGUACCCGAGCCAUUGAUUUCAACGGGCGAUGACUCGGCAACUGGAGCACAUUUUGUAAGUAGUUAUCACAGAAAAAAAAAA